ACACGAAGAGAAGAAGAGAAGGUACCGCUAUCAUUACACAGAGGCUGAAAGAGAAAAAGCAAGGCGUUUUCUCAAGAGGGACAACUAGAAUUGAAUAUAAACGCUGACUGAAAUACAGUUGCAAGCUCAGAAAUAUUAUCAAUCCCUGCCCCAGUUUGGUCUGGAUAUCCCCUGGAGAGAAAUCCCAGCAAAAAUAGACAGGCCUGCGCUGCCCUCUGCCACGUGUCUCUCUCUGCUCGUUGUCUUGGAUAUCCUGCAGUCCAGAGGUGAAGGAAAUGGAUCCUAUGGAGUGUCCGCUGUGUUUGGAGCCGCUGGAGACGGACGAUGCCAACUUCUUCCCCUGCACCUGCGGCUACCAGAUCUGUCGUUUCUGUUGGCACCGGAUCCGCACAGACGAGAACGGCCUCUGCCCUGCCUGCAGAAAGCCUUACCCAGAGAACCCAGCGGUCUACAACCCCCUGUCAGCGGAGGAGCUGCAGAGGAUAAAGAAUGAGAAGAAGGCCAAACAGGUGGAGAAGAAACAGAAGACGACAGAAAACAGGAAGCACCUGGCCAGCGUCAGGGUGGUGCAGAGAAACCUGGUGUUUCUAGUGGGGCUGUCACAGAGACUGGCCGACCCCGAGAUUCUAAAGAGACCCGAGUAUUUUGUGAAGUUUGGGAAGGUCCAUAAAGUAGUCAUCAACAACAGCACCUCAUACGCCGGCUCACAGGGUCCCAGUGCCAGUGCCUAUGUCACUUACAUCCGCUCAGAAGACGCCCUCAGAGCAAUACAGUGUGUCAACAACCUAGUAGUAGACGGCAGAACACUGAAGGCUUCUUUAGGGACGACGAAAUACUGCAGCUACUUUCUGAAGAGCAUGGGGUGUCCCAAACCCGACUGCAUGUAUCUACACGAACUGGGGGACGAUGCGGCCAGCUUCACUAAAGAGGAGAUGCAGGCAGGGAAGCAUCAAGAGUAUGAACAGAGGCUGUUACAGGAUCUGUACCAGAACCCCAGCUUUACCACCCAGACCUCAGGAGGGGAGACGACCAAGAGCUCUAAACCCAGCUGUUUGCAGAGAUCCAACAGUAACAACAGUCAUGGACAAGAGGCGUGGCCAGCGUUACAACCCACGGGGAAGACGACCAAUGGUCUAUCGGAGCACAGUAAGAGUCCGCCGUCGAACGGCGGCGGCUUGGACUCUGAACACGUGACACCGGACGGACCAGAACGUGACGUUGGCCUGGGCUCUGUGACCGGCCUCUCGCCUUUCUCCUCAAGCCGUGACCCCCCAAGCCCCAGGGACGCUCUGCCAGACGUCACCAGGAGCAGGGACACACAACAUGGGGACUCCUCAGAACGUCACAACCUGCUCCCAGACAGUGACUCUCCGUCGCCCCCUCCUGUCCUCUCCGGCCCUCCUGGUUUCUCCAAAGCCAGCCAGGUGGUUCCCAUCAGUGUGACUACCCGGUCUCCCUUUCAGGGGGCUGACGCCGAGUCCCAGUCUCUGUUCUCAGACAACAGUAACUAUCGCCAUCCUAACCCCGUCCCCAGUAGCCUCCGUGGGUUCACCAGCAGCUCCACACAUAACGACACCUGGCCCACUGCACCCCAACCACACAGCCUCUUCACUUCAGAUUCCAUCCCAGUAUCGUCCUCAACAGACUGGCAGGCAGCCUUCGGCUUCGGCUCAUCCAAACAGCAGACGUCAGAAGAUGACUUGGGAUUCGAUCCUUUCGACAUCACCCGUAAAGCCCUGGAGGACCUGAUAGAGAAGGAGCUCAGCGUUCAGGACAGCCUCCCGUCCCUCUCCAUCUCCCCAGGUCCCUUCCCCCCCCACCACCACCACUCACUCCUCUCCUCCGUAGCCACCAAAGCUGCUCCUGGUCCCCCUGGAGAGCUGAUACCCCGUAACCACUUCUUCUCUGGGCCCAUCUCCGGUCUCUCUAGUAAUCACUGCUUCUCCCAGAUGCAUCAACACCACCCUCAACAACGGGCUGUCUAUAACUCCUUCAGCUUCCCCGGACAGCCGCCUUCAUCAUCAUCAUCAUCGUCCUCGUCUUCAUCACAGACCAGCCGCCACCCCUGGAUGACUUCUGCCCCGAACCGAAAUAACUUCAUGACGCACUUCGGCGGCAAUCGUACGGUGUCACAACACAGCAGCUUCCUGGACCUGAUGCUGCCCAGUGCAGGGCUGGGAGGCAUCGCCACGACAGGUUUCCCAUCGUCAGCAGGCAACAGUUUUGACUCCCAGGAUGACAACCCUCCCCACUGGCUCAAGUCCCUUCAGGCCCUUACAGAGAUGGAUGCUCCGUCUAUCCCCAGCUCCACUGUGAACCCGAACCCCCAGCAGCCCAACUCACACAGCGGCCAGGUCCGUCCUCACCACAGACCCAGCUGGGCCCCCUUCCCACCCCCAUCCACAGCCUCUCACAACCCCCACCCAGUCGGCCACUUCCACUCCCCACCUCCAGGCUUCCAGACUGCUUUCAGAUCCCCGGCUCAGACGCCCACAGAGCUGCUACAGAGCGCCGGCAUGGACCGCCACUAGGGGGCGAUGCUGUGAAGUGGACUUCUGAUUCCCGUCUUUAAAUCCCCCACAGAAACAUAAAUUAAACUAAAUCGGAUGUAAUUAACAAACAAAAAAAACAUUAAGAGAUGUUGUUCUUCCUGGUGAGCUGGUUUUAUGAUCCUGUGUUCCAUCUUGGUUGGGUUGUUUCAGUUGGUCUAUAGAGGCAAACUACUAUCCUGCUACACUGUCUACUGGCCCUGCCUCUGUCUGUCUACCUGGCCCUGCCUCUGUCUGUCUACCUGGCCCUUCCUCUGUCUGUCUACCUGGCCCUUCCUCUGUCUGUCUGUACCUGGCCCUGCCUCUGUCUGUACCUGGCCCUGCCUCUGUCUGUCUACCUGGCCCUGCCUCUGUCUGUCUACCUGGCUCUGUCUGUCUCAGUCUGUCUACCUGCCCCAGUCUGUCUACCUGCACCAGUCUGUCUACCUGCCCCAGUCUGUCUACCUGCCUCAGUCUGUCUACCUGCCUCAGUCUGUCUGUCUACCUGCCUCAGUCUGUCUGUCUACCUGCCUCAGUCUGUCUGUCU